AUGAAACGUGUCGGCCCAAUGAUGACACCUACUGGCUCCCCAGUCAAGCCCCUAGCGAAUCCUGGAAAGGAGAACGCGACGAAGGACGGACCGGUGGGCGAAAACGCCACACUUAACCCUGCAUCUUGGGACGGAGGACUUUCAAAAUGGGUAAACACGGGAAGUUUGAAAGAGCAACUUCCCAUUGGGUACACCUUGACAAGUAAUGACUGCUCAACAGCGGCUACAGUUGGCUCAUUUUGUUUGAAAGAGAAUUGGAGCACACCGGCAGCAAGUCGAUCGUUUGCCCCUCCAACUCCAUCACGAUCUCCGUACGCAAAGUCUCAGAGUAUUUUGAGCACUAUAAACGCUGAAAGCGGUUCAGAGUCCGAUAAUAUUGAAUAUCAUAGAUGCCCUGGAAGUCCGAUGAUAAAGCAGCAUGUGAGUACUCCUCCUGCAUCGCCGCUCUUACAUGAAUACAUGAUGCCUCCAGCGUCGUCUGGCCAGUGGUCUGGUUCUCUCGAGGUGAUCCCGUCCGUAGCGGAAGGGUCCAAGGAGGCAUCUGGCCGCAGCACUUCAGCUGCAGAUCUGGCAAUGUUGACUCACGAGGGGCGCGGAGAGGCUGUGUUUUGGACGGCUAAGAAGACUCGUACCUUGGCAUUGGACAACCUUCCGGUACAUAUGAGCUUGACAGAAGUGCACACCUUGCUACAGAGUUUUGGAGAUCUACGAGAUGUUUUUCGACCACAGCGCGGCCUUUAUAGCGGCGCAGUAGCCAUGUUUUUCGAUUUGAGGAGUGCUUGCAAUGCGUACACUGUCCUUCGGAACUCGUUCAUUGGUGGUAGACGAAGUCUUUUGUAUUUUGUGGAUACAGAUGCCCUGAGCACGCUCAUGGAUUGUGAGUCGUACCCGGACGCUUGCCUUCGAAAUCAGGGGGCACUACUUUUGACAGGUUUUUCGUACCGAGAUGACGAUACCCUGCUGCGCGUCUUGGAAUCGCAUGGGAAUGUUCGGUCGAUUGCGUUCUCAAAUGUGGGCAGUCAAAUUUCAUACGUUGUAGAGUACUUUGAUACCCGUUCAGCAGAUCAAGCCCUCCAUGCUUUGAGCAAUAUCCAGUUUCAGGGAGGUGUACUUCAGGUUCGAUUUCAUCACUCUAGUGCAGUCAACCGUACGUCUCAUUCUUUCGCUCGGGACUAUGGGCUUGCCCUUCCAACGUCCAUGUGGAAAGUGGGCUCUGUUCACGGGAGAAUUCCGGGUCACUCGUCAAUUGAUUCCAUCGACCUGCAACAAGAGAGUAAACCGGAGGGAAAGCUUCCUCAACCAGGAAGGUCGCGCGUCCGUUCUCAUUUCCGGCCAAGAAGUUUAAAGAUUGACACUUCGCCUUCCGCGAUUCGACCGUCUCCCCUCCGACGAGCGGCAUCCGCAAGUUCUGUGUCUGUAUCAGCUAUUCUGGAAUCCGAUGUGGACCAGGCUAUAUUGCAAUCUGCGGUUGCAGGGCCUCAGUGUAAAGCUAGCAGAUUAAAAAAUGUUGCCCAUUCUUCCCCGCGCAUGUCACCUAUGGCAUCUCCCAAAUAUCUCAUGGACACUACCGCCGUGCAUUCCCCAGCCUCUGAACCUACCUCGCCAUCAACCCCAGUGCCACCCCCGACCCAGCAUGCCAUCCCCACGGGCAACGAAUUGAAUCUCUAUAACAUAGCCAUGGGAUAUGACGCGAGAACCACAUUUAUGAUUCGCAAUAUUCCCAACAAGUAUACACAGCAAAUGUUAGUCUACUUCCUGAACAAGACCCACAAGGGACAGUACAACUUUUUGUACCUUCGGAUGGAUUUCAAAAAUCGAUGCAACGUUGGUUAUGCGUUCAUCAACUUUACAGGCCCCCCGGCUGUUCUUUCUUUUGCGGAAAGAGUGGUGGGCAAGAAAUGGUCUAAGUUCAAUAGCGACAAGGUGUGUACACUCAGCUACGCAAAUAUUCAAGGACAAGACGCCCUCAUCCAGAAAUUCCGAAACUCGAGCGUCAUGUUAGAGGAUCCCAGCUAUCGUCCAAAGAUCUUUUAUACUGCGGGACCCUUAUGUGGGGAAGAAGAACCUUUUCCCGAACCUACAACCGCUAUUAGACCAAGAUCUGAUGUUUUAUUUAGUCGUGAUAAUGCUGGAACACCUCAUAAGCACCUCCGUCCGGAUUCACCUGUGCCAGUUAGUGGAGCUACUCGUGGCAGCGUUACGUUUCCGCGCACGACGUCCUCGCCGACAGUAGCGCCCUCUCCAUUUUCCGCUGCGUCGUCGAAAUUUGUUCCGUCAAAUGAGUUGGACUCACGGAUUGACCCCAGAGAUAACGCAUUCUCGUGCUCGACCGCACUAGGCAACAAACUCUCCGCGGGCAUUUAUGACGAUUUGGAUCUUUCUCGGCUGAGCCUCGCUGGUUAUACGGAAAGUGAAGAAGACGCCCGGGGGUUGAGACUCACAGGGCACUCGACGAGUUAUCGCGGUUUCCGUGACCAAGGUAACUUUGAAAAAUCGGACUUUCAAAUUACCACGGAUGGCUAUGCUCCGUGGUCCUUGCCGUGA